AUGGAAACGCUUUGCCUCAUGGCAUACUAUGCUCAGGCAGCGGAUAUGCACACCGCAGCGAACCUAUAUAUAGGUCAAGCAUCCAGACUAGCCCGCAGCUUCAGGCUCGACCAGACUUUGUCAGGGCCUCGAGACACCAGCAAUUCCGUGGCUUUCUCUCACCUUCGCCUGCAAAAGCUGUGGUGGAACAUAUGUGUGCUUGACCAAAGGCUGGCGGCCACCAUUGAUGCAACUCCCGAUGUAUGCUUCGACAAACAACUCAAUCAGGUUGGGUUAGACAAAACUCAUGAGUCUAGCUCUGAUUUCGGAUUACGAGCAACCCUCUCGAUCGCCACGGUCUUAAUGAGAGUGACAGCCGGUAUUGGCCUCUGGGCGAACCUGAAAUGCGCCGUGCUGAUUUGGUGGACAGUGAUCUCCAGCUAUCGUGGCAAGAAUAUAGAUAUGGUGCUGGUGAAGACAGUAUCUCAACAAUUUGCUUUUCUGUCCCGUGUGGGAAAGAGAAUCAAUGCCACGGAACCUCUUUGCUACGGCCAAUCCCUAACGACGAUUUCCAGGUCAGCAGCGAGCUUGUACCUGUCGUAUUGCCAUUGCAUUAUGGUCGCCACCAAACCAUUCCUUCUACAACUCGCUAAGGGUUCGGGCUCUGAUGAGGCCACGAGUCUGGCCACCUCAGACAUAGGCUUACCCCCGGAGCUUACAAUACCCAUGGUGAAGGCUUCCAUCCACGCAGCUGUUAUCAGCCUCAGCAUCAUCUCUGCCCUCCGAGAACAGAGCAUUCUAGAAAACUUCAUGUUCAUGGAUGGCGAGAUUACUUUUUUAGCAGCCUUGUCGCUCCUGCUUGCCAACAUGGUCCUCCCGAACAGUACAGCCUCGUCGUUCUUGGAUCUCGCAAAAGGAAUUCUCCAGGAAAUGGGCGACAAAGGCAACUUGCCAGUGGCGGCACUCAAAGACGAACUGCACGACAUUUGCGAGCUUGCCGCCACCGCUUGCGCCUCUAAUACUAACCUAGGGAUUUCUUUUCAGCAGUUUGCCAGGCCACUUAGCGUCAUAUCUGAUGCGGAGACGCUCAACAACGCCAUUCUGAUUGUGCUCGAGGCUAUGGAAUGCAGUCUCGAUUCACCCAGUGAUGCUCAUGAGUCGCAUGUUCCAAACCAUGCACUGGCUGGCCAGGACAGACGCCCACCAGUCCAACAAUUGUCAGAUUCGCAACCAGCCUUCAAUCCAUUAAUACCUGCGACAUUACCAUCCCAUGACAGUUUGGUGGCAUCGCAAUCGACUGAGCUCUACCUCGAUCAGGUCCACCUUCAAGGAGUGGACAGCCAAUUCGACUCCAGCAUGGUCGACAUCGACUGGUUAGACUUUGUUUGA